GUCGCUCCCCGGAGAAUGUGGAGAGCUGGCAGGAUGUCCGCCGAACUGGGAGUGGGGCUCGCGCUGAGGACCGUGAAUGAGCGCCUCCAGGAGGCCGUGGCGCGGCGGCCGCAGGAUCUCCCAGCUAUCCAACCCCGGCUUGUAGCAGUCAGCAAAACCAAACCUGCAGACAUGGUGAUUGAGGCUUACAAUCAUGGCCAGCGUACUUUUGGAGAGAACUAUGUGCAGGAGCUACUAGAAAAAGCAUCAAAUCCUAAAAUUCUAUCUUCAUGUCCUGAGAUCAAAUGGCACUUCAUUGGCCACUUACAGAAACAAAAUGUCAACAAAUUGAUGGCUGUCCCCAACCUGUUCAUGCUGGAAACAGUGGAUUCUGUGAAGUUGGCAGAUAAAGUGAACAGCUCCUGGCAGAAAAAAAGUUCUCCAGAAAGGUUAAAAGUUAUGGUCCAGAUUAAUACAAGUGGAGAAGAGAGUAAACAUGGCCUUCUGCCUGCUGAGAUGAUAGCAGUGGUGGAACACAUCAAUGCCAAGUGCCCCAACCUGGAAUUUGUGGGGCUGAUGACCAUAGGAAGCUUUGGGCAUGACCUUAGUCAAGGACCAAACCCAGACUUUCAGGUAUUACUGUCCCUGAGAAAGGAGCUGUGUAAAAAACUGAGCAUCCCUGCUGACCAGGUUGAACUGAGCAUGGGCAUGUCCGGUGACUUCCAGCAUGCAAUUGAAGUAGGAUCUACAAAUGUCCGAAUAGGGAGCACCAUUUUUGGAGAGCGGGAUUACUCAAAGAAACCUGUUCCAGACAAGACCACAGCAGACUUAAAGGGCCCAGUGGGGGUGACACAGGAACACUGAGCUAAGGACAGCUAAGAAGACCAACUAUGCACUAACCUAGGCUUCCAUCUUGAUACACCCCAUGUUCCAGCCCAGUCCUGCUCUGGAUAGAGUGCUGAGGAUCACAUGUGCUGAUGGAAAGAAACCAUUUGUGCUUAGUCUUUGCUGUAAGAAGCUGGCUUCAAGCAGUAGUUUUGGAUCAGAUUUGAGAAAUGCAGACACUUCUGCAAAAGAGUAGCCAGGAAUUAAGUUCAAUACUGAAUUCUUCCCAGGAGCACCAAUCAAUCCAUGAAUGCCUUUUCCCGGAUAAAACUUGGGUCACUGAUGCCUCUAAUCAGGGAAAUCAGAUGGAUUGCCAUUUCUCAUCCCACUUUAAUAGGAAAUUCUUCAUUGAACCAUUGCCAUUGCUGCUCUGGAAUAAGGUGGUUUCUGUCCCUAGUUUUCUCUAGACAGUAUAUCUGGAAGGUAUGCUUUGCUAGGAACAGUCAUACAGGUAACUUCAAGCAGUGGCUCCAAACACCAAUUGUCACUAGUAAAGUGUCACUGACAGUUGUAAUGGUGGUCCUGGAGUUCCAGGAGUACUUGUAAUUAAGAGGUAAGCCUUUCUGACAACCUCUUUACAACCGGAUUUGAGCUUCCUCUAGGACCUAUAGCAGUGGGAAUUGAAUGAGAUUUCUCCACCAUGAUUCUUUUCUAGUGAUGUUUAGCAAAGACCAAUGAAUCUCAUCCCCCUCAGACAGGCACAUGGUUUCAACAAGGCCUUGCUUUGUGUUUUCCUUUCCAGGGGUACACUUUCCAGACACAUUAAAGCUUACCCUCUGUAUUCAUAUGCCAGGAUUUUACAGUUCUCAGUUAUUCAUAAAGUGGCAAGAUUGUCAAAAAACAAAGCACAAUUCUCAACUAUUCCCAACAGAUAGCUUCAGUUUAUUUUCUAGACAGUUUUUUCCUUGUUUAUUCAACCCCCAAUCUUAAUUUUAUGGAUUAAUUUUCAGAACAUAUUGCUGCUGCUGAAUGUAAUUUUGUAAAAUAACCCUGUACUGUUUCAAAGCUACAGUGUGAUAUUUCAGCCCAUUAAAUAAAAAUGUGAGUUUGAAUGAUACCAUCUGUGCCAAGUACAAAGCAAUUAAAAGAUUUAUUUUUUA